AAAUAAAAAUAAACACUAUUAUACAUUCCACCGUCAUUAGAAAACAAAAACAUAUAUAAAACAGAAACAUGGAGUCUUAUUCUGGCUCAUAUUAUUCUUCAUCUAAAUCUUCAUACAUAUCCAAAAACACUAAGAAACCAAAGGGAUCAAUGAAAAAUGAAUACCCUUUUGAAUCCAAAUAUUCUUGUCUUCACUCAGUAAGAAAGUCACCAACAAAGACAUGGAAUAAGAAGGCACCAAUAGCACCAAUGGCACCAACACCUAUCAAAGUAUACAAAGUGGAUCCAAUAAACUUCAAAGAACUUGUUCAGUCCCUCACUUGUGCACCUCAGUUCAUGCCUCCACAGCCUCAUCACAACCUUGACCUUCAAAGCACCACAGACCAUACCACUGCUAAGAAUAUUGUUCCUUCUCUUCCAAUGAAAAAUCUAUCAAGCAGAGACAAUGUUGAAGUGUCCUCUCCAUUAGUGCCGGUGAGCACUACUACUACCAGCUGGUAUCAAUACUUUCAAGCUGAAUAUUUUGGAAAGAAUUAUGAGGAAAAGGAGGUAAUAACACCUAGUUUGUUGGAAAUGAAUUUGUUCUCACCAACUUCUUUUGGUAACUGGUGUUUUGUUCCUCCCAUCAUGAACCCAAGAGUUUGAUCUGUUUGGAAGCUGUUCUUUAGCUAGGUUUUUAGAAUGGAUUCAUUUGAAUUGUACGGGACGUCGAUUAGAAUUUUCAGCUGCUGCGCGUAAACUGUUCUUCUAUAUACAUGUAAUUUUGAGUUCACCAAAUGCCAAAAAGACUAUACAUUCAUUAACUGAUAUUGCAGAUUGCUGUUAUCUUAAACUUAUAUCCAGCAGCUAUGAUACUUGGUUCAUUUUGA